AGGCCGCAGUAGCGCCUGAAGGAGCUCGGCCGCCAUUUUGUGUCUCUCGCUCGGUCUGGGGCGGCCGCGCGGGCGCUGCGGCUCUGAGGGAGCGCUCAGGUCUCCUACUCUGUAGGUCGGGGUGACGCCGCCAUGGGCCGUAAGAAGAAGAAGCAGCUGAAGCCUUGGUGCUGGUAUUGUAACAGGGAUUUUGAUGAUGAGAAAAUCCUUAUACAACAUCAAAAAGCAAAGCACUUUAAAUGCCAUAUAUGUCAUAAGAAACUGUAUACAGGACCUGGUUUAGCUAUACACUGUAUGCAGGUACAUAAAGAAACAAUAGAUGCUGUUCCAAAUGCUAUUCCCGGAAGAACAGACAUUGAACUGGAAAUCUAUGGAAUGGAAGGCAUACCAGAAAAAGAUAUGGAGGAACGGAGGAGGUUACUUGAACAAAAAACUCAGGAGAGCCAGAAAAAGAAACAACAGGAUGAUUCUGAUGAGUAUGAAGAUGAUGAAUCUGCAGCUUCAACUUCAUUUCAACCCCAGCAAGUUCAGCCACAGCAGGGGUACAUUCCCCCGAUGGCACAGCCAGGUUUGCCACCUGUGCCAGGUGCACCUGGGAUGCCUCCAGGUAUCCCCCCAUUAAUGGCAGGUGUUCCACCUAUGAUGCCUGGAAUGCCUCCAGUUAUGCCUGGAAUGCCACCUGGGAUGAUGCCAAUGGGUGGAAUGAUGCCUCCUGGGCCAGGAAUCCCACCUCUUAUGCCUGGUAUGCCACCAGGUAGGUCAGGGUUGUCGAACUCGUACUAUGGGAUGCCCCCGCCUGUUGGGCCUCGGCCUGGCAUGCCUCCAAUGACACAAGCACAGCCUGUUACAGCCCCAGGCAUUCUGAACCGACCUCCAGCUCCUGCUGCAACAGCACCCACUCCACAGCCUCCAGUUACUAAACCACUCUUCCCAAGUGCGGGGCAGAUGGGGACACCUGUCACAAGCUCAAGUGCAGCUUCCUCCAAUUCAGAAAGUCUCUCAGCAUCUUCUAACGCUCUGUUUCCUAGCACAGCACAAGCUGCAGCAGCUGUGCCAGGGCCAGUUGGUACUGAUUUCAAACCUUUGAAUUCUACACCCGCGACAACAACGGAACCCCCCAAACCGACAUUCCCUGCUUACACACAGUCUACAGCCUCAACCACUAGCACAACAAACAGCACUGCAGCUAAACCAGCUACAUCUAUCACAAGUAAGCCUGCUACCCUCACAACAACCAGUGCAACCAGUAAGUUGAUCCAUCCAGAUGAGGAUAUAUCGCUGGAAGAGAGAAGGGCACAGUUGCCUAAAUACCAGCGCAAUCUUCCUCGACCAGGCCAGGCUGCCCUGGGUAAUCCACCAGUUGGACCAAUUGGAGGUAUGAUGCCACCGCAGCCAGGAAUUCCUCCACAGCAACAAGGAAUGAGACCUCCCAUGCCACCUCAUGGUCAGUAUGGUGCUCAUCACCAGGGCAUGCCAGGAUAUCUUCCUGGAGCAAUGCCUCCAUAUGGUCAGGGACCUCCGAUGGUGCCCCCGUACCAGAGUGGACCUCCUCGCCCUCCGAUGGGAAUGAGACCGCCUGUAAUGUCGCAAGGUGGCCGCUACUGAUGCUCCUACUCACACUCUAAUAGGUUUUUAGAAGUGAAGUAUAGUAAAUAUGGUUCGUUAAAUUGUGAAGGCGCUGGAAUUACAUGAACAUACCAUCUUAAAGGCAAGUUCUGUAAUGUUAUGUUGCUAUUUGUGAAAUUAUGCCUUCACAGCACUUCAAGUGCUGUUGGACUUCAUGUCCCCAACAUAGUUUGGUGAGGGCUGUAACUGUUCCCAGCUACUUGUACAUUGAAGUCUGAACUUGUAACAAUAUUUAAUGUAUUUAGAGUUCCUCCUGUUCCAGGGUUUAAGUAAAUUGACCCACUAAGGUCAUGUGACUUUUCUGUACUGUUAUAAACUUCAUUGUAAUAAAAGAGGAGAAAAAUUUAUAUGCCUUUUUAUUCGUGACCAGCUAUGGACAACAGCCUGAAAGGUUUGUACAGAUGCAUGCUGUGGUAGCCAUUGGUGUAAUGAACACAAUUAUUGGUGCUGUUUUGAUAAAGUCUGAAUUCCUUGUUCUAAAAAGUCACUCCUUAGCUGUACAUCUGAGUAGACAAAGACCUGUACACUUAUUAACUGACCUCUGAAAACUGAGGCUGCAGGAGGCACAUCCUGACUCUUGGGUGUAACUUCUCUUAAUGCUUAUGUUUCUUUAUUUGUGCUUUCUUGUCCUCAAUAAAUUUUAAAUGAUUUCUAGUCCUGGCACUUGCUUGUAGGAUGUGAAAGUGCUCUGAGAUACAUCCUAGUGCCAAGGUAUGUCCCAUUAAUUCACUCUGCAACUGACACUUUUUAAUGUGCAAAUGGAGGUGAAUUUUAGGAGCCUUUUAGGUGAAGAAAAUUUCUAGAAGCUUAGGUGCAUGGCACAUGGGUGAGUGACUUCCAGUUGAUGUAUUGAAGUUGACCUGCAAAAGAGAAAUAGCUUAACCCUCUUAAUGCAUAGAAGAGGCAGAGCAGGCAAGAGUAAUGUGUUACAUGCUGUGUUUUUACUUUAAAUGUUUAGAAUUUCACAUUUUGGCAGUCUCUGAAAGGUGUACCGUUUGUAACCAUCUUUUGUGUGCUAUGAUCAGAUGUUGUCUGAGUUUUCUUGAGCCAUUCAGUGAAAGUUUCUGGAGUAAGAGUCCUUUUUAUCAGAGAGGUCUUCCCUUAAUGAAUUAGUCAUUUCUCUGUUUAUAAGACAAGAGUGACAAGUUCCUGUUAAGGUUGUAAUUAAGUCUGACAUCAUGUGUUCCUGUGUUAUACCUCUGAUGAGAAUGUAGAGGGAGACUUUUGAGAGGGGAGGGAAGUGAUAGCCUCUACAGCCUCUUCUCAACACCAAAAAAAGAGUGGUGAAUUUUUCAUUUGCAGGUCAACUUUAAAUACAUGUUCCAGCCUCAAGUCUUACCUGCAGUUUAAUUAAUGGGGAUAUCUCUUCUUUACAGUAGGGUUGAAGAAUCAUCAGGAUUUUUGUGUCAUUACAUUCAUAGAUGUUUUUGUAGGUGGUGUAAGUUUUUUACUUAAUUAUAAUACUUAGCAUUAUGGCUCUGUUUCUUCGAAGUCUUGGGAUUUUUUAGCUGCACUAAAGUACUUCACAUGGCUUUACUCUGUACUGUCUCUUAAAAGUGCAAAAAUACAGUACAGCUAAAAUAUUACAUUGUCUCAGCUUCUGACCUGUGGUCUCACAGAAUGUCUCAAAAGCACCAGAGCAUCCAGUGCAAUCUAGUUACACCUGAAUGGCCUUAGUUUAACCAUUAGGAAUUGCCAGGCACUUUUUUCUGAAGUGUUCAACAGUUUUAAGACCAUAACUCCAAGCCUCUGUUGAGAAGCAGUUCUCUGAUCACUUGUAUCUACCUGUCAGAUGUGCAGUAUUUGGCUUGCAAAUGUGCUGAGUGGGCCUUGAUAUCAAUUCUUUCAUUAGCUCUUCAUCUUGCUUUAGACAUAAGUCUAACAGAUAAAACUUGUUUUGCUGAGGCAAUGCUUUUAUACUCUGUUUUCUUCUGUUUACCUAAUUAGGAUAAUUAUAAAACACUUAAGAGAUUUUUAUGAUGUCUUAUAUUUGUCCUUUUUAUAAUAUGAUACAUAAAAUUCAUACAUUAUAAAGUGAUCUUACCUACUGCUUGUAAAACU